GGUAAGGUGGUGGUCUCCGCCGCGUAGAGGGAAGCGGGAAACCGGGAAAGAACGAGGGAAAAGGGAGCGAUGUUGAUCUCAGGAAGCACAAAGGGACCUUCCUAGCUCUGACUGAACCACGGAGCUACUCAUAGAGCCAGAUCCUCAGCUCUGCAGCUCCAGGCAACUCUGCCUCAGAACAGGGAUUGCUUCUCCAGGUAGGUGUCUGUCACCAGCAGGAUACGACCACUCUCUUUGGCUGGUCCCUUUGCCUCUCAGCUCCGUGGCUGGGUUGCUUCUCUCCAGAAUGGAGAAUCGUCAUUCUGAAACCCUGACUCCAGCAUGGUGCCCUCUCACCUUUCCCCUCUCACUUUUGAAUCCAGCCGCUCUUCCUGCGUCUGCUGUUGACGGUGAUGUUGCAGGUAGAGGGGCUGAGAGGUGGGUGGCAGCACUUAUCUAGUGGUGUUGGGGAGAACCUUAAGAAAGGGGUUGGCCUGGGGACGCCUGAAAUGGAGUCUGUGGCUGCAACAGAGGCAGUCUCACUGAUGAUCAGUUAGAAGGGUGACACUGGGGAUCACAGGAGGCGAGGGCCGAGGCCAGGGGCAGUAGGGGAAGCCCUGCUGCCAUUAGUCUCCAUGCUGUGUUUCCUGCUGGGCUGUGGCGCCAGGCUGGGCUCUGCUGGCUUAGUGUAUUGUAGUGACUGGGUCUGUGCCUUCAGGUGGGGCCGGGAAAUUCUGCAAAGAAACUUAGGCUAGAGUUUAUUUUUCUUUUGGUACUCGGGUGGAGACCUAAGAAGGUUGUUGAAUUUCACAGCUGUGCAUACUCAAAGGUCCUGGCCAAGUUAUAUUGUCUCCUGGCUGUCGCACUCUGAUGCUUCUCCCUCACUUAUGUCCCCUAGCAAACCCAUACCAGGGCCUCUAGACCUUGAAGGGCUACCACUAUGCUGGCUGGUCCACUUCUGAUGGCAUGCGAUGUACAAGGCCCAAGGGUGAAUGGCUACCAAGGCCAGAUAGGCCUCACUAAGAGCUAAUUCCUUUGCAGCUCACCCUGGACAGUAUCACUCCGUGGAGGAAGACUGUGAGACUGUGGCUGGAAGCCAGAUUGUAGCCACACAUCCGCCCCUGCCCUACCCCAGAGCCCUGGAGCAGCAGCUGGCUGCAGAUCACAGACACAGUGAGGAUAUGAGUGUAGGGGUGAGCACCUCAGCCCCUCUUUCCCCAACCUCGGGCACAAGCGUGGGCAUGUCCACCUUCUCCAUCGUGGACUAUGUGGUGUUCGUCCUGCUGCUGGUUCUCUCUCUUGCCAUUGGGCUCUACCAUGCUUGUCGUGGCUGGGGCCGGCAUACUGUUGGUGAGCUGCUGAUGGCGGACCGCAAAAUGGGCUGCCUUCCGGUGGCACUGUCCCUGCUGGCCACCUUCCAGUCAGCCGUGGCCAUCCUGGGUGUGCCGUCAGAGAUCUACCGAUAUGGGACCCAAUAUUGGUUCCUGGGCUGCUGCUACUUUCUGGGGCUGCUGAUACCUGCACACAUCUUCAUCCCCGUUUUCUACCGCCUGCAUCUCACCAGUGCCUAUGAGUACCUGGAGCUUCGAUUCAAUAAAACUGUGCGAGUGUGUGGAACUGUGACCUUCAUCUUUCAGAUGGUGAUCUACAUGGGAGUUGUGCUCUAUGCUCCGUCAUUGGCUCUCAAUGCAGUGACUGGCUUUGAUCUGUGGCUGUCCGUGCUGGCCCUAGGCAUUGUCUGUACCGUCUAUACAGCUCUGGGUGGGCUGAAGGCCGUCAUCUGGACAGAUGUGUUCCAGACACUGGUCAUGUUCCUCGGGCAGCUGGCAGUUAUCAUCGUGGGGUCAGCCAAGGUGGGCGGCUUGGGGCGUGUGUGGGCCGUGGCUUCCCAGCACGGCCGCAUCUCUGGGUUUGAGCUGGAUCCAGACCCGUUUGUGCGGCACACCUUCUGGACCUUGGCCUUCGGGGGUGUCUUCAUGAUGCUCUCCUUAUACGGGGUGAACCAGGCUCAGGUGCAGCGGUACCUCAGUUCCCGCACGGAGAAGGCUGCUGUGCUCUCCUGUUAUGCAGUGUUCCCCUUCCAGCAGGUGUCCCUCUGUGUGGGCUGCCUCAUUGGCCUGGUCAUGUUCGCGUAUUACCAGGAGUAUCCCAUGAGCAUUCAGCAGGCUCAGGCAGCCCCAGACCAGUUCGUCCUGUACUUUGUGAUGGAUCUCCUGAAGGGCCUGCCGGGUCUGCCAGGGCUCUUCAUUGCCUGCCUCUUCAGCGGCUCUCUCAGCACUAUAUCCUCUGCUUUUAAUUCAUUGGCAACUGUUACGAUGGAAGACCUGAUUCGACCUUGGUUCCCUGAGUUCUCUGAAGCCCGGGCCAUCAUGCUUUCCAGAGGCCUUGCCUUUGGCUAUGGGCUGCUUUGUCUAGGAAUGGCCUAUAUUUCCUCCCAGAUGGGACCUGUGCUGCAGGCAGCAAUCAGCAUCUUUGGCAUGGUUGGGGGACCGCUGCUGGGACUCUUCUGCCUUGGAAUGUUCUUUCCGUGUGCUAACCCUCCUGGUGCUGUUGUGGGCCUGUUGGCUGGGCUCGUCAUGGCCUUCUGGAUUGGCAUCGGGAGCAUCGUGACCAGCAUGGGCUCCAGCAUGCCACCCUCUCCCUCUAAUGGGUCCAGCUUCUCCCUGCCCACCAAUCUAACCGUUGCCACUGUGACCACACUGAUGCCCUUGACUACCUUCUCCAAGCCCACAGGGCUGCGGCGGUUCUAUUCCUUGUCUUACUUAUGGUACAGUGCUCACAACUCCACCACAGUGAUUGUGGUGGGCCUGAUUGUCAGUCUACUCACUGGGAGAAUGCGAGGCCGGUCCCUGAACCCUGCAACCAUUUACCCAGUGUUGCCAAAGCUCCUGUCCCUCCUUCCGUUGUCCUGUCAGAAGCGGCUCCACUGCAGCAGCUACGGCCAGGACCACCUCAUGGACACUGGCCUGUUUCCUGAGAAGCCGAGGAAUGGUGUGCUGGGGGACAGCAGAGACAAGGAGGCCAUGGCCCUGGAUGGCACAGCCUAUCAGGGGAGCAGCUCCACCUGCAUCCUCCAGGAGACCUCCCUGUGAUGUUGACUCAGACCCCGCCUCUGUCCUCACUGUGCCAGGCCAUAGCCAGAGGCCACCCUGUAGUACAGGGAUGAGUCUUGGUGUGUUCUGCAGGGACAGGCCUGGAUGAUCUAGCUCAUACCAAAGGACCUUGUUCUGAGAGGUUCUUGCCUGCAGGAGAAGCUGUCACAUCUCAAGCAUGUGAGGCACCGUUUUUCUCGUCGCUUGCCAAUCUGUUUUUUAAAGGAUCAGGCUCGUAGGGAGCAGGAUCAUGCCAGAAAUAGGGAUGGAAGUGCAUCCUCUGGGGAAAAGAUAAUGGCUUCUGAUUCAACAUAGCCAGAGUCCUUUGAAGUAAGUGGCUAGAAACAGCACUCUGGUUAUAAUUGCCCCAGGGCCUGAUUCAGGACUGACUCUCCACCGUAAAACUGGAAGCUGCUUCCCCUGUAGUCCCCAUUUCAGUACCAGUUCUGCUAGCCACAGUGAGCCCCUAUUAUUACUUUCAGAUUGUCUGUGACACUCAAGCCCCUCUCAUUUUUAUCUGUCUACCUCCAUUCUGAAGAGGGAGGUUUUGGUGUCCCUGGGCCUCUGGGAAUAGAAGGUCCAUUUGUCUCCUUUGUGUAGAGCAAGCACGUUUUCCGCCUCACUGUCUCCAUCCUCCACCUCUGAGAUGGACACUUAAGAGAUGGGGCAAAUGUGGAUCCAAGAAACCAGGGCCAUGACCGGGUCCACUGUGGAGCAGCCAUCUAUCUACCCGACUCCUGAGCCAGGCUGCCGUGUCAUUUCUGUCAUCCGUGCUCUGUUUCCUUUUGGAGUUUCUUCUCCACAUUAUCUUUGUUCCUGGGGAAUAAAAACUACCAUUGGACCUAGAA